AUGAAGAUUGUGAGCAUCUGUAUAACGCUGCAACACCAUCCAGCAUCAUUCGUUGGCGUUGAGAGUCUUCAGGACUAUCAGCUAUUGUUAUUAGAGCGGCAUGUCUUGCCAAGGAGGUACACGAUUAGGAUUGAGCCUAACAUCGUUCCGAAUGAUUUUACGUUCAACGGUGAAAUCGAAAUCGAGAUUGACGUACUCGAGGAUACGUCUUUGAUAGUGCUGCAUGCUGCAGAGCUCAGGAUCGAUGAAUAUUCCACGAAACUGCGUUAUCUGGGCGGUCCAGAGGUGAACGUGGUAAUAAGACCUGCUUACGAUCCUGAUACGAACUUCUACGUACUACUAUUGAACGGGUGUCUUAUCAGGGGCCAUUAUGUAUUGGAGAUGAAAUAUCAGGGAAUAUUGCGCGAUGAUUUUCGUGGCUUCUACAGAGAUUCGUAUGUGGACGAUGUGGGUAAAAAGGUAUGGUUUGUAGCGACCCAAUUCGAAGCAUCCGAUGCGAGAAGAGCGUUUCCCUGCUUCGAUGAACCAUCGUUCAAGGCAACCUUCAAAAUAUCCAUCACGCAUUCCAACGUCCUCAAAGCGAUAUCCAAUAUGCCUGAGAUCGCAAUGAUAUCCGACGAGAAAACAUCAAAGACAACGACUGAAUUUCAAGAAACACCGAAAAUGUCAACAUACCUCGUAGCUUUCAGUGUUUCGGACUUCCGUUAUUACGUCACGGAACAGAAAAACUACAGAAUAUUUGCAAGACUUGAUAUACUUCAUUUGACUGAAUUCGCCGAGAUGUGGGGUCCUAAGGUGCUUUUGCAACUGGAGUCAUAUACUGGUAUUCGUAAUUUACAACCAAAAAUGGAUAAUCUUCUCUUACCAGUGUUUAAUCAUGUCGGUAUGGAGAACUGGGGUCUCGUCAUGUACAGGGAAAGUGCACUGUUGUAUGAUAUAGAUUGGAACACCACGGAAACCAAAUCCAAAAUCGUCCAGUUGUUAGCACACGAGUAUGCCCACCAUUGGUUCGGAAAUCUUGUAACUCCGUCCUGGUGGUCCUCCAUUUGGCUUAGCGAAGGUUUUGCGACGUACUUUCAGUACUUGAUUACAGAUCAGGUUGCCCCAUCUUGGCGUACAAUGGAUCGGUUCGUGGUCGAAGUCCUUCAGAAAACAGCAUUCGUCGUUGACGAUGACGAGAAGCAGCAGCCAAUGGAGAUCACGGCGACGCUCAGUGAUACGCAUAAGAUGAGUUAUCAGGCUGUUACUUCUGAUGACUUGAUCAGAGAAUUAGCUACGGUCGGUAAAGACAUCAAGUUCCUGGGUAAAGCACUGACCUCCUGGAUCACACAACCAGGUUACCCCGUUGUCAGCGCCAUUCGAAAUUAUACGAAUAGAAUCGUUAUUUUGUCGCAAGAACGAUUUUUAACACAAAGUUCCGAAGCCCCGACACAGCGGUGGAUAGUCCCAAUUAACUUGGUUUCCGCAGGAAAAACCGAGAAUUUUUCGAAGACUGAGCCAACUUAUUGGCUUUACAACGAUACUAAAACGCUGACGAUCCCGGGAUUGAAAAGCGACAGUUGGAUCAUCUUGAACAGUCAGCAAACUGGUUACUAUCGUGUGAACUAUGACCCUCGCAACUGGUAUAUGAUCAUCGACUGUCUGAAGAAUUCAACCACAAUGAAAAAAAUUCAUCCAUCAAAUCGAGCCCAACUCUUGGACGAUUCUUUCCAUCUCGCUAGAGCUCAAAAACUUCCAGAUCUUUCAAUUUUCCUAGAAAUGACAAAUUAUCUUCAACACGAAGACGACUAUGUUCCAUGGUAUGCAGCGAUUCGUGCCUUCAAGGUUAUUAACGAAGCUUUGAUGAAUACCGAUUGUUACGAUCUCUACAAGCUCUAUGUUCAACGGCUCACUGCAAAAAUAGAAGAAAAGUUAGGCUACACUGAGAAAUCUGGAGAAGAGGACGACGUGAAGCUCAACAGAGUGAAAAUAAUGGAACUAGCAUGCGCCAUGGGUUCUAAAAAAUGUCAGAUUGCUGCUCGCCAGAUGAUGACGAGUCGCGUACACCAAUCGAAGCUUACACCCAACCUGCAAACUGUUGUGGCUUGUGCGAUGAUGCGAUCGGCGAGCAAAAAAAAAUGGGAAAAAGCUUUCAAACACACAGUUCACUUGAGUGCCGACUCGGACGAAUAUAAAAUCUUUGUCAAGGCACUUGGAUGUUCUUCCGAUCAAGAGAUUCUCAGAAUGUACCUCGAAAGGUCAUUCCUCAAAGAAUCUAAAAUUGAUAUGAACGUUGCUUUCCGAUCAGUAUUGAAUGGCAAUGUUGCCGGAGUUACUGCCAUCUUUAACUACCUCAAGCAAAACUUUGAGAAAACCAUUGAGGUGUACGGUACACGUAGAGUUUUAGCACUGCUGAAAAGCAAUGCAGAAAAAUUUACAACAACGCAGCAAAUCUCACAAUUGCAAAAUUUCAUCGAUUCUCUGUCCAACGAGCACCGGGAAUUAGCCAACGAUAUAAGCAACACAGUUCUCAAGACAGCCAAGGAGAACGUCGAGAAUUCCAAAAAAUACCAAGACACUGCAACAAAGUUUUUGCAAGCACAAAAUUUGCGUAGACAAUUAAACGGUAACAACGUGCUACCUUAA